AUGAUUGGCGCCACUGAUCCCGAGGAAAGGAACGCAUCCGCGCUCGUUAAAUGGUUGCAAGUGGAGUUUUGGGUUAGGGCAGGAGUGUCAAAAGUGAAAGUCAAGAAGAUGCUGGGACUCGAAGGGCUGAAAGGGGAAGCAUUGAAGGCGAGCCCAAAAUACAAGUACUACGAGAGUUAUAAGCAAAAGACUGGAGGAGGUCACUUAGGUAUGGAUGGCGCCGAAACACGCCAGGUGCGGAUGUGGCUAGACAAUGGCCCACACGGGCUCCCCACGCACGAUGCUUGGUUGACGUUGGGGCUAAAUGCAAAUGCAAUGUCCUCGAAGAAACUCGUGAAAAGCGCUAAGUACAAAACCUAUGUGCGGUACGCGACCGCGUAUGAUAAUCGCUUGUUCCAGCGUAUCAAGACAGUGGACGACCCAAAGAUCGAUAUCGGGAAAAUGCACCCAGCAGAGGUGGAGGCCCAUAUUCGCAUUUGGGCCACGACAGAGCGACCCGACUGGUACGUUCAAAAACUUCUGGGGCUUGAGAGCAAAUCUAGGGCCGAACUCGCCGCGAGCAAGGAGUACCAGCACUUUUUGAAGAUGAAAUCUAGCUGA